UGAAUGAUGAGUUAGGGCGGUUUGGUGAGGCAGGCGGAAGAGGCGAUACCGGCAUUCUGCUGAACAGAGGAAAGGGGAAGAAAUUGGAUAGAACGGGAAAAAGAAACCGAUUCUAGAACAUUCUUCAGAAGAUCCAGCAGCCAAGGAUAAGACCAUGCAGUUGACCGGGUGUGAGCCUUUAGUCAUGUCCACAGAAGCAGUGAUGGAUCCCUCAGGAGACGUGAGCGUCCUGCAGUCCUGCGCUACCGAAGACAGCGUCACUUCUCUGGAGGACCCUACUGCAGAUUCCACAGCCAAUGAAUCAUCAGAAGAGGAGACUCCCUGUGAGAGGGAGGAAGAGAUCAUCAUCAACACACACACAGAGACUGCUCCCGUCUCGUCAGCCCCGGACUCGGGCUCGGCUCUGUGGACGUGUCAGAGGGACGGCGAGGUGAAGCUGAGGAUGGGCGAGUCAGGGCCGGCGGCUGAACCUCCUCUCACCGUGAACCAGCUGUUCACACACGCUGUGGAGAAAUACGGUAACCAGACGGCGCUCGGAUGGAAAGAGGGAGAACACUGGAAGAAAAUCACUUUCGGGGAUUAUUACAAAGAGUGUCGCACUGCCGCCAAGAGCUUCCUCAAGCUCGGUCUGCAGCGCUACCAUGGAGUCGGCAUCCUGGGCUUCAACUCUCCCGAGUGGUUCAUCUCUGACAUUGGAGCCAUUUUGGCUGGAGGUUUCGCUGUAGGCAUCUACACCACCAACUCCCCGGAGGCGUGUCAGUACGUGGCUGAGAACUGCCAGGCCAACAUCCUGGUGGUGGAGAACCACAAACAGCUGCAGAAGAUCCUGCAGAUCCAAGACAAGCUGCCUCACCUGAAAGCCAUUAUCCAGUACAAAGACGCUCUGAAAGAGAAGAAACCAAAUCUUUACUCGUGGGAGGAGUUUAUGGAACUGGGCCGGAACGAGCCAGAUGCGCCGCUUGAUGACAUCAUCGCGUUGCAGAAACCCAAUCAGUGCUGCACGCUGAUCUACACAUCAGGAACCACGGGACAGCCGAAGGGGGUCAUGCUGAGCCAUGAUAACUUGACAUGGACGGCGUAUGCGACAGCUCACACGAUCCGCCUUUCAGAAGACAACCAGGAGGUAGUGGUGAGCUAUCUGCCCCUCAGCCACAUCGCCGCCCAGAUGGUGGACAUCUGGAUCACUAUGAGGGUGGGAGGAGCCACAUACUUCGCCCAGCCUGAUGCCCUCAAGGGCUCGUUGGUGAACACCCUGCGUGAAGUACGUCCCACGGCGUUCAUGGGAGUUCCCCGGGUCUGGGAGAAGAUGCAGGAGAAGAUGAAGGCAGUCGGAGCCAAGUCGUCCACCGUGCGGCGCAAAGUGGCAUCCUGGGCCAAAGACGUGGGUCUGCAAACCAACCUAAGCAGGAUGGAGCGGAAUGGUACGAUGACGCGCAUGCCGCUGAACUAUCGCCUGGCCAAGCGUUUAGUGUUCAGGAAGGUGAGGAAGGCGCUGGGGUUGGACCGCUGCAUCCGCUGCUACACAGGCGCCGCGCCCAUCACCAAGGACACGCUGGAGUUCUUCUUCAGCCUGGACAUCCCGCUGUUAGAGCUGUACGGCAUGAGCGAGAGCUCCGGACCACACAGCAUGUCCAUACCUGAGGCCCUCAGACUCACCAGCUGCGGGAAGGUGAUCGGAGGUUGCCAGACGAAGAUCUUUAAUCCCGACUCGGACGCAAACGGCGAGAUCUGCUUCUGGGGCCGUCACAUCUUCAUGGGCUACCUGAACAUGCCCGACAAGACGGAGGAGGCGCUGGACGCAGACGGCUGGCUGCACUCCGGAGACCUGGGCAAACACGACAAGGACGACUUUCUCUACAUUACAGGACGAAUCAAAGAGCUGAUCAUCACUGCCGGAGGAGAGAACAUCCCCCCGGUGCCCAUCGAGGAUGCAGUGAAGGAGGCGGUGCCCAUCAUCAGCAACGCCAUGCUGAUCGGAGACAAGCGCAAGUUCCUCUCCAUGCUCCUCACAAUCCAGUGCCAGUUAAACAAUGAGACCGGUGCCCCGGAGGAUGAACUCACCCCUGAGGCUGUGGAGUGGUGCAGGAAGUUAGGCAGCUCGUCCACGCGGGUGUCUGAGAUCUGUGGGGGACGCGACCGCCUCGUCCACGCCGCUAUCCAGGACGGCAUCAACAGAGUGAAUGAGAGUGCCACGUCUAACGCCCAGCGCAUCCAGAAAUUCACUGUCCUCGAGCAGGACUUCUCCAUCCCCGGAGGAGAGCUUGGUCCCACUAUGAAGCUGAAGAGGCCGGUUGUGCUGAAGAUGUACAAAGAACAAAUCGAGAACUUCUACAAAGAAGCCGUGACCCCGAGCAACCCUGAGAACCCGCUGCCUACUAAAUAACAUCUCUACCAACCCAACCCCUCCCCCCAAACACACACACGCCUUCUGUCUGUAUUUGUGUCGCUUCUCAUGGAAAUUAUUGCGUGUGAGACGCUGUGCAACCUUCCCUACUUGAUGUUCUUUAAUUCUCUUCUGCGAUUUGCUUUUGUUCCAUGACGCUUUAUUUCUGUUUACACUUGCGAGCGUGACGCUAAAGAAACAGAUCAGGUUUGUUUAUUUAUUUAUUUCUGAGGUGUGAUGAGGUUCAUAGGAGAGCUAUAGACUUAGUGCAGAUUCAUCGGGAACGUUCAGGAAUCUGUUUAUGAAUUGCUUAUUUAUAGUUUGUGCGUUCACCAAAGCAUAACAAUAUAGAAGAAGGAAACAGAAGGUGUGUAGCUGAAGUGUGUUUCAGACUCGUCCUGCUCUCAUUGCUCUGCAGUGAAGAAUGUUCUAGAUUUAAAGACGUUCUAGCACCAAUGCUCUAUCCGUCCAUCCCUCUGGAGAAACAGACACCAUCUUUCUCUGAGAAAGUUCCACGAGGUUCUUGUUGUUAAUGUAAAGAGACUCGAUUCCAGACGUACAGAAAUUCAGGAGAUAACGUACCCUGAGAUGUUUGGGUUCCCCAAACUGUUCCCUUCUUAGAUCUGGAUCUUCAAUUAGUUUGCACUUUUCUCUAAAACCCUAUGCCAAAGUACUUCCUAAAGGUUCCACAUACCAAUAAGGGAAGCUAGAACCAUUCCAAAGAACCCUUGAAGAACCUUUGGUGUAGGAUUUUAUAGAAGUCGUAUGGAUUCUUGGAAUGUUUCCUCUUUGAAAUGAAACUUUAAAAUUAAAAAUUUCUGACAAGCAGUGUUGGAAACUUUCAGAAAGAUUCUAAGUAGAAGCCAGUUAGGAAGCUUAGCAAACCAGCUGAGGAACCUAUCUGAGAGGGAGAUCUUCAGUGUGAGGUUCUGUAGAUGAUGUCUGGGAACUUCUGAAACUUACAGAAACUUUCAAGUUCUAAGUAGAACAUGAACCCCCUUUAUGAACUAUCCACUGAAGCCUGGAGGAACUCAAAAUCUUCUUAAAGCUGGGCAUGAAAUGUGAACUUAAACAUAGAAAAAUAAACAGAAACUGUUAGAGAGUUCCAAGGAGAGCCUUCAAGGAUCCAUUAAGACCUCAAAAUCAUUUGUUGGGGUUCUACUUGGAAAGUUUCUCUCCAAGUUUCAGAAACGUUCCACAUUUUAAAGCCCUUCAGAACUAUCCGAGGAACCCUUGAGUAACUUCUUUCCCUUCUGUUUACAGAUGAAACAUGAACUUCAGAAAGAAACCCUGGGGAGGGAAAAAUAAUCAUAAAAAAUGAAUAAACUGUAGGGGGGAAAAAAUCCUAAGAAUUAAAGGGACGUGUUCUGACUGAACCCUUGCAGAUCCCAAAAGAUCUAAAAAUCAUGUGUGUGUAAAUGUUCACGAUGAGGCUGAAGGGGCGUGGCCUUUCCCCUGAUUUCUUUCUUUGUAAGAGUUGUUGAUAAGGUUGUAAUAAAUGUAGUUGUGCGCGUGUGUGUGUGCGUGUGUGUGUGUGUGUGUAGCAUUGAGAGCAGUGUAUAGACUGAAAAUAUCACUCUGUUUCUCUGACUCUCUGAAUCCCUGCCAGUGAGAGCAGCAGGGAUUUGCAGGUCAGAUGAUGUUUUUGCACUAUUUAUUGCCUCUCUCGUGUGCUGCUCUGGUUUCAUGGAGGUUUUUCUUUUUUUUUCUCCACCAGCAGCAGGUUUAAAGCCACGAAAUCACACUGUUAAAGCCAUGAAUGUUGUGUUUCUUUAUUUUCUUCUUCUUUUCUUUCAGCCAUGUUCCAUGUUGAAAUGUUCAUAUUCAGGGUCUGAUUUCUUUUUUUAAAUUAUUCUUAUUGUUAUAAUGUCACCUAACAGAUUGCAGUGAACUUGUUAUAUAUUGUAAAUAGCUUCCUGCCUGAUCUGUCCUGUGUGUGUGUUUAUUACAUGACUGAACGUCUGCUCUCGCGUCGUUUAAUGUGGUGUAAAACUCAAUAUGAAGAAUAAGGAAAUAUGAAGAAUCUGCUUUUGAUAAUUUGGCAUGUUGUUGAUAUGACCGAACAGUUACAUGGUGGUAAAUCUGUACAGUGAUGAGAUUAAAAUCUGACAUACUGGA